UCCUCAAAACCUAGCACUCCCCGCCGCCACCUCCCCUCCGGCUUCCUCGAGGCGAAACCCUAGCGCCCGACCUCCUCUACUCGCUCCACCCCACUCCUCUCCUCCCGCGAGCGAUGGCGGCGGCCGACGUGGCGUACGCGCCGCCAAUGAAGUCCGGCAAGGCGGGGUACGAGGCGGGCCUGCUGGAGGCGCAGCACAGGAUCCGCAUCACCCUCUCCUCCAGGAGCGUCAAGAACCUCGAGAAAGUUGUCGGCGAUCUGGUGAAGGGUGCCAAGGGCAAGGAGCUGAAGUUGAAGGGCCCCGUCCGCAUGCCCACCAAGGUGCUCCACAUCACCACCAGGAAGUCUCCCUGCGGCGAAGGCACCAACACCUGGGAUCGCUUUGAGAUGAGGAUUCACAAGAGGGUGAUUGAUCUCGUCAGCACACCAGAUGUGGUCAAGCAGAUCACCUCCAUCACCAUCGAGCCAGGCGUGGAGGUUGAGGUGACGAUCAGCGAAGCGUAAUGUGGUAUCCAGCAUCUUAUCGUUUCAGAGGAUUUGAAAUGCAACUGAACAGGAUGUUGAGUUUCUACUUUCUAGCAUGAGAACUCGGUGUAACAGAGGAAUUCUAUCCUAAUCAAUAGGUUCACAUCAGAUUUGCUGAGUCCAUCGAGGUUUUGCGGCAUGCUAGUCUGUUUCAGUGGAUGUUAUGCAUGAAUGGGAUGGUUAAUGGAUGCUCCUAAUGGGUUUUGAUAUCAUUAAUCUGUUCUUGUCGAUAUUUCCCUGCCUCUCCUGUCCAGUCUGUUUUAACAUAUGAAUCGAAUUGAGUCCUUUUCCAAUCUGUUUUAACAGAUGAA